AUGGAGCCUGGACUGACUGCAACUCAUCUGAAAAUCCAGCCUGGAGAAAGUGUUCUAGUGAAGGGGAGGGUCCUCCCGGAUGCCAAAGGUUUCUCAGUGAAUCUUGGGGAAGACAGCCAGAACCUGGUGCUCCACUUCAAUCCGCGCUUCGACUGUCACGGGGACAUGAAUCUCAUCGUCUGCAAUUCCAAGCACGAAGGGGUCUGGGGGGAGGAACAGCGGUACAGCGUCUUCCCUUUUCAGCAUGGCGAAAAAGCUGGGAUCACCAUCACCUUUGAUACUGUUGAGCUGAAAGUGAAUCUGUCCAACGAUCAAGAGAUCUUCUUCCCCAACCGGCAGGGCCUGGAGAUGAUACGUUAUCUCUCCGUGGACGGAGACUUCAAAAUCAAAGUGCUCAAAUUCUUCUCUUAA